AUGUCGUCAAGCAGGAGCAGAGAUAGAAGGUCGAGCCACUCUCGACGCUCACGAGAUAGAUCAAGAGGAAGGUCAAGAGACCGACACAGACACAAACACAGAAGAGAAAGAUCGGAACAGCGAGAAAGCCACCGAGAUCGACACUCAAGCAGAGACCGGGGGAGGGAAUCCUCGAGAAGCAGGAGGUCGAGGGACAGGUACGGGAACACAGGAAGGCACGAUCACGAUUACAGGCACAGGAGAAACUACAGAUACGAUUCUCCGCCCAAAUUAGAUGCGAAAAAGCAAUUCGGUUUAGCAAAUUACACUUCGAUCCAUGCAAUAGGCUCUGAAACAUCCGGCCUGGACCCGUUGGCCACGAGACCGUACAGAGAGAUAUAUAUCGGAAACAUCCCGCCAGUAGGAGACAUCGCAAUCCUGCUGGACAUAAUCAACCAGGCGCUCAUAUCAGUAAAUGGAACGAGUAUGCCGGGGAACCCGUGCCUGAAGGGGUGGAUCAGCUCGGACGGACACUACGCGUUCGUGGAGCUGCGGACGAUGGAGGAGGCAAGCAACUGUAUGCAACUAACAGGACUAAACAUUAUGGGACACAACAUCAAGGUUAACAGGCCGAAGACGUACGACCCGGACCUGAUGUCGAAGGCGCCAAGUCCAACAGUGCCAACGCUGGACCCGUCUCUGCUGGCAAUGGGACUGCAGGCGCUGAAGAGCGCAAGAGAGCAGAUCGUGGCAGCGUCGGACGUGCUGGCAGCGGAGAAGGCGAAGGUGAUGACGGACCGCCUAUGUAUAGUAGAUAUUCCGCCGGAAGCCGACAAGCAAACAGUGAUCAACCUGGUGCACUCAAUGGGAGAAGUGAAGUACACGUAUUUCGUAGACGAGCCGGCAGAGAGCGGCACGAACAAGAGAGUGUUCCUGUUCGAAUACAUGAACAUGGACCACCAGAAAAAGGCAAUGGAGGAGAUCCCGAAGAUGAACUACAGGCUCAUCCUGGCAAUAGACGCAGUGACGCAAGGCAUGAUAGCACCAGAGUACAUCAAAAAGCAGCUGGAGUCCUGCGCAAUCAUGAAGCCGGAGGUGCCGACGAGAGCACUGCUGCUGGGCAACCUGGUCUCGAAGGAGGAGCUGGACGACGACGCAGAGUACGUGGACAUCAUCGACGACGUGAAGACGGAGUGCGAAGACUACGGAGUGGUGCUGAGGCUGGAGCUGCCGAGAGUGCCGAAGGGGCUGUCUGAGGAGGAGAUGAGGAGCUUCGACGAAAGCAGCGUGGGCUCGGCCUUCGUGCUCUUCUCGACGGUCGACGGAGCCUCGAAGGCGAGGAAGGUGCUGGACGGACGCAAGUUCGGAAACAGAACGGUGAAGGCGCACUUUUUCAGCGAACUGUACUUUUUAACAGGCAAAUUUGGGAAUCCAAGACCGAAUUACGACAAGGAACACUCGUCUGUAUAUAACACGCAGAUAGUAUCGGACCCAAACUCAGCGGCAGAUAUUCUGUACGAGCUCGAGAACCCAAACAGUGCAAAGAAAUCGGAAUCUAAUGAAGAAAAUAAAGAGUUAAACGGAAACGUAAACGAUUCUACCCAGGAAGUUGCGAAGAAUGAGUAG